UCCUCCGCAUCCGCGCGGGGGAGCGGCGAUCGGGGCUGAAUGGGCGCGAGCGCGGCGCCGGGGGCGGGCGGGGGCGCGGGGCCCGGGGCUGGAGGCCGGCCAGCGCCCCCUCCCUAGUAUGCGCAGGACGGCGGCGGGCGGCGCGGCGCGGCAUCCCCUGCAGCCGCGAACUCAGGCGGCGGCGACGGCGGCACCUGCCGGCCGAGCAAUGCCAGGCGAGUACAACCCUGUAAAGCUGAGAAGCGAUUGUUCAAGGCCCCCCCUGCCAUGGUACACCCGAGCCCAGAACAAGAUGAGAAGACCCAGCUUGCUGUUCAAAGACAUCCUCAAAUGUACGUUGCUUGUGUUUGGAGUGUGGAUUCUUUAUAUCCUCAAGUUAAAUUACAGUUCCGAAGAAUGCGACAUGAGGAAGGUGCAUUUUGUGGAUCCUGACCGUAUAAAGAGAGCUCAGAAAUACGCGCAGCAAGUCUUGCAGGAGGAAUGUCGACCCAAGUUCGUGAAGAAGGCAAUGGCGCUGUUAUUUGAGCACAGGUACAGCACAGACUUGGUGCCCUUCGUGCAGAAGGCUCCCAAAGGGAGUGAAACCGAGUACAAAUACGAUCCUCCUUUUGGAUUCCGGAAGUUCUCCAGCAAAGUCCAGACCCUCUUGGAUAUACUGCCUGAGCACGACUUUCCUGAGCACUUGCAAGCCAAGCAGUGUAGGCGCUGUGUGGUUAUUGGAAGUGGAGGAAUUCUGCACGGACUAGAACUGGGUCACGCCCUGAACCAAUUUGAUGUUGUGAUAAGAUUAAACAGUGCACCAGUCGAGGGAUAUUCUGCACAUGUUGGGAAUAGGACCACCAUCAGGAUGACGUACCCGGAGGGCGCGCCUCUGUCUGACACUGAAUACUAUGGCAGUGACUUGUUUGUCGCUGUCUUAUUUAAGAGUGUUGAUUUCAACUGGCUUCAAGCAAUGGUGAAAAAUGAAACCCUGCCAUUUUGGGUGCGACUCUUCUUUUGGAAGCGGGUGGCAGAAAAAAUCCCACUGCAGCCAAAACAUUUCAGAAUUUUGAAUCCAGUUAUCAUCAAAGAGACCGCCUUUGACAUCCUCCAAUACUCUGAGCCUCAGUCACGAUUCUGGGGCCGAGAUAAGAACGUCCCCACAAUGGGCAUCAUUGCUGUUGUCUUAGCCACGCACCUGUGUGAUGAAGUCAGCUUGGCAGGCUUCGGAUAUGAUCUCAGUCAGCCCAGGACGCCCUUGCACUACUUUGGCAAUCAGUGUAUGGCCGCCAUGGACUGGCAGACCAUGCACAAUGUGACCACAGAGACCCAGUUCCUCCUGCACCUGAUCAAAGAGGGAGUGGUGAAGGACCUCAGUGGCGGCAUCCAUUGUGAAUUCUGAACACAGCAGACCUCACUCGGAAAUGCAACUGGGACACUCAGGGCUGUUUUGAAUAGCCUUCUUGAUGCAUUUCAUCCUGCAAAUACUUUGAAGUGCAGCUGGCGUUUUAAACUUUUAAUUUAAAAAACAAAACAAGAAAUGUUUUAGUUCUUCCCACUUUUCUUUCCUAUUUAUUUGAAGUCAGUGUUCAUCUUUGCACAACAUCUUGUAAGUUAAUUUUCAGGAUGGAAUCGGAAAGACUUUUCAAAGAGUUGUAUGGAAUGAUGUUUUAUUGUAUUUUAAGAAAGUAAUUUAAUUUGUAAAAACCCUGUGCAUGUAGACUGCACAUGGAAUAGCAGGUGAUGAGGUGGAAGGAGGAGGGUCUGCUCCUUUAAUGAUGGCCUCGAAUGCCUGAUUCAGGUUCUCUGCUGCUCUGUUUGGUGGAACUCAUCGAGAUGUUUCCAGGAUAACAGCGCAGUCACUAUGCCAGCUGCUGGAGGCCCAGGCCAAUGAGAUGCAUGCUUGGGCCCAUUCUCUUGGUUAGCCCUCUGCCGAAGACUCAAAAACACAAAGACUGGCAGGAAUCAGCGGGGGGAGAGAUCCUUGGCUCCCUGGCUGGGGAGGGACACAGCACACGUUCUGUGUCCUCUGACUACUGUGAACUUGCCCUGGGCUGCAGAAGCCACCGUCUUCCCAGCAAUUAUGAGAACUCUUGAAUUUCUUGAGAAUUUUUUUUACUGCUCUUCCAAAGCACAUAAGUGUUCAUCUAAGACGUUCUGCUGACUGACUGAGGUGGCUUCCACAAAUUAGGACAAAACCUCUAUUAUCCAGAGUCAUGGGGGAAGAAAUCCUUUCCAGGAAUAACAAUGCUUUCUGAAACACUGAAAUGAAACCCCCAGUGUUACAAAUCAGUUAUUUAAAAGCCUACCUGACACUGUCUACCAGUCAAUGUGCUGGUCAAAAAAGAAAAUAAAAGCUUUUGAGGAGCCCUGCGGUCUAGUG